AGCCUUUUUGAAAAUAUCAGUCUGCUCUCACUCGAUGAGAAGAACAGAACUUCCACUACCCCUCAUCUGGGGGAGAUGUGAGAAGGUUUACCAACCGAAUCCGAACUGAUAGGCAUUAAAUCAUUUUCCACAGCAGCAUCACUUGUUAAAAGGGUCCCACACGGAGUGCUACAGCCCUCUGGUUAAAAAAGGACACACCUUGGAGAUUGGGAUCGGAUAAGACUUUCAAGCUGCAUCCCUUACCCAUUGAGACGUCAUUGCUUCUUGAUGUUGAGGAGGCAGUGGAACUCUGGGCUUUGUGUUGCUGCUCCCCGGUGCACGGGCGCCCUGGCUGGGACGGCCCCUCGGCCCUGGACCCCGAGCCCCAGCGGCGGCUGGGCGGGACAGGGCGCAGGCAGAGCGCCAUGGUAACGCACAGCAGGUUUGACGGCGCCAUGAGCAGCAGCCCCUUCCAAGGCGGAGUGCGCCUGCCCCCCCACCGCUACAAAACCUUCAGCUCCAGGGCGCAGUAUCAGAUGGUGCUGGCGGCUGUGCGCAAGCUGCAGGAGAGCGGCUUCUACUGGAGUGCCGUGAGCGGCAAGGAGGCCAGUGCCCUGCUGAGCGCUGAGCCCCCUGGCACCUUCCUGGUGCGGGACAGCUCUGACCACCAUCACUUCUUCACCCUGAGUGUGAAGACGGCCACCGGCACUAAGAACUUGCGCAUCCAAUGCGAUGCAUGCUCCUUCUUCCUGCAAACGGACCCCCGGAGCUCGCAGGCUGUGCCGCGUUUUGAUUGCGUCCUGAAACUUAUACAUCAUUACAUGCCCUCGGCCAGAGGAGCAGGAGCCACCACGUCUGUGGUGCAGGCUGGAGUGGACAGUGUCGAUGGCAGUAGCGGGGCAGAUGGGAGUACGUACUUCAUCUACUCCGGAGGAGAGAAGAUUCCACUGGAACUGCUCCGGCCGCUGGCCUCCAGCAUGUCCAGCCUGCAGCACCUCUGCCGUAAGACCCUUAACGGCCACAUAGAUGUGUCCACUAAGCGGGACCAGCUGCCUCAGACGCUUCAAGAGUUCCUUGAGGAGUAUGAUGCACCCAUCUAAACUGCCACCAUAUGGUUCUGGAGCAGAGAUGCUCAACCAGGUGUGUCUUUAGAUGUGCAGAACUGUAUGGGCAGUGGCAGAAUUGACCAGCAAAAGCCCAUAAAAAGAUGGGAGAGUGGAGCAGUGCCACAAGCACCAGAGUUUAAUAAGGGUGUGAAUGAUUUGCUCCGAAAAGCUCUUGGCAUCUAUCAGUAUUGCAGACCAGCCAUGGUCUACCGUGCCUUUGACCUCUGUAGUGUGAACUUUGGGCAGUGGGUUGCUGUAUGUGAUGGACAGCACAAAGUAUGUACAAACUGUUGAACUGACAGCAGAGCAGUUGUGGACACGAGUGACAGCAGAUCGCUCGGUCGUCGUUUUUAGCCCCCAGCUUUUUAUUCUUGGAUCUGUUCUGAAAACAUAGACCCUGUUGAAGAUUCACACAAGUAACAUAAAGUUAGUACAAGGGUUAAGUGUGCUGCUGUGGCUGACGUCCAGCCUUUUGCCAUAGGAAAAGCUCUCUCACACCUCCUCAUCCCCUGUUGACAUUUUGACACUGCUGAAAGGAGAGUUCUGGCUGUCCGUGUUCGAGGGAGCGCCCAGAGCCGGGUGUUUGCAGUGACAUAUACAUUUCCACUGGGGCUUGCCAAGCAUAACUGCCUCAUGAGUAGGCGCAGGGAAGCGAACGGGGCGGCUACUCACUACUGGCACCGCUGUGUCAACACUGGCCACUAUGCGGGGUCACAACACAAGACUGAUGUUUCAAAAACUCGUUGAGACGGAAGGAUCAAAGCAGACAGGAGAGGCCUGUUUCUACAGGCGGUUUCAACCUCUGAUCUUACACUUCUCUCUGAAGGAAAACUCGGCCGACUGUUGUAACUUUGUUCUCGACAGGAACCAAGGUAAACAGUUUCAGUUUUGCUGGGAAAUGGCCGAUGAAUAUAGAACAACACGCUAGUGAAGAAAUCACAAUACAAUACAAACUUCCAAGAGCUGACCGUUUCAUGUACUGUGAAGAAAAGCCAAGCACAGUAUGCAAGACCCUUAUUUACUGGUCCUGGAGUUUGACAUGGAGGAUUGUGUUCCUCUAAAAGCAGGGGCGUUCGUUCAGACUGUAUGUGCUAAGGAGUAAUCAGUCAUGCCUCGUAACCCUCAUUCAAUAACAAUGACGUAGUGUUUCUUUCAGCAGGACAUGCUCUCUACAAUUAAAUGAAUGUAUUGUGAGUCAAUGGAAGGGCUUAUGGUUCCACUUGUAGUUCUUUGCUUUUUUGUAUUUUGUCCAAGAGACGAUGUUUACAUGUGUCACCACAAGAGGACAACAUGUUUUGUACUCUGUCUUUUAUAAAGAUGUGGCAUCUUAAGGUCUAGUCUAAUGACCCACAGUGCAAGCUUGAAAAUCGGAAAAAACAAAGGCAUUACAAUAAAAAAAUGCAGCAAGGAACUUUGCACAUAUUUAUAUUUAUAAAAUAUUUCAAUAAUUUAUAUUAAAGAGUACUAUUUUUACAAAACAGAUCUUGCUGUGUGCUUUAACUUCUUGACAAAAUGCAUUCUUCAGUUUCGUUAUCACAUGCAUCCAUGCACAGUUUGAUACUCGUCCUGUUUUUUUUUUUCUUUUGCUUGAGCAUUCUGCGUAGAAAACAGAUUUCCCCCUUGCUGUACACAGACACACACACUUGCUGAUGGAAAUACCACAGCUACUCUCUCUCAUAAACAAAGAACUGAGGCUCUCUUUUUUCACUCCUUCAUGUUUUGUGUGUGUUCUCACAGGAUGUCACCUUGUGCAUUCUCUUCAGCUCAAAGCUAAACUCUGCGCCUCCUCUCACCUCAGAGCUCUAAUAACUUCCUUUAUAACUAUAUCCCACGACAUCACACCAAUCUCAUGUAAAACAGCUGCAUAGCCAUGUAACAUCAAGUCGCAAUCCAGCAGUUCACAUUAAAUAUGUGUAAUAUCUUCCCAGUUUUUUAUCGUUUAUGAAAUCUUAUUUGCUGUAUUACAUGAGCUGACUUUGCUGCUGUAUUUAAAGUCGGCAGACUUUUUUCCCCUUGCUCUGAGCACCAGACUCCAAGCUCUUAAUGAUGCCUCAUUGAUUACUGACUCCCUGAUUGAUUAUUUUGCACUGUAAGUAAAAGCUGUUAUCAGAUCUCUGUCUUCUUAUUAUUGUAAUUAACACACUGUAAGAGUAGUAGCCAAUGAAGCACCACUUAAUGGCGAAGUGAAAAUGAAAUAAAUAGUCUUGGAUGGAUUCCCAAGUCAAGCUGGAUGCAUGAAGUGGUAAGACCUCUGUCAUAAUCUAUCUGAGCACUUCUAGCAAAGCAACUUACCUAAUGCUCUUCUUUUGACUAUGGGAAAGCCCAUUUCUUCACAAAAAGUGAAACACAGAUAGCAAUUAUUACUGUAUUGUUGCUAUCAUAGAGCAUUGUUCUAUAGAGUAAUUCAUUGUGCUGUUUCAAAGUUUAGCCACUCAAAAAUUAAGGCAUCACUCUCUGUCCAAGACUUUAAUAACAUAGUAAUAGUGAGAAGAUUUGGUCACAGAUUUGAUUAUUACAGUGGAGGAAAACCUGUCCCAGUCUGAACAUUUCAGAGAUUUACAGUGAACAAAUUUCCAUUCACAUUUUAAUAUUAUGUAAGGCAGCAGGUGUUUCUAUUUGCAUAUUACACACCUCACAAUUUAUUUGCAUGGCACUAUAAUAUAAUGCUUAUUUGCAUCAAACCAGGCUUGGUCUUUCCUAAAAAUAUCGUGACACUUCUUCCUAGAAGUAUUACAAUAAAACACUGAAUUUCAAUACUGCAAUAAAAUUGCUUUUAUAACCAUUCCCAGAAAGUGGAAUCCAAGUCAUUUGCUAGGAAUGAAAGUGGCCAGUAUUACUUCUUUAAUGGGAACUAAAGUAUUUCAUCUGUAAAUAUUGUUGCAAAUACUUUAUACAUUCCUCCUUCCGAGCCACUCAGAGUGAUGGCAAUGUGGCCACUCUUACUGCAAGAACUGCCAUUUGUAUGUCUGUCUGUUCCUCUGCACAUCACAACAGCGUCAUUACAGCUAAAAUAUUCAAGUUCCAUGACAUUUAAUAAUACUGAAUAUUGGCUCAGACCACUGAAGACAAGAUUUGAAUGAAGAGUGUCCAUCUACCAACUCUCAAUAACCAUAAUAAUAAAAGAUGAUAGUAGAGGAACCCGUGGAAAAAAUGCAGAUCGGAAUGUUAUUACAAUGUUUUCAUAAUUCCACCAUGAUAUCCAUGUUUAUAGUAGAUGUUAUUGUUGUAGUACUCAAGUCCAGCCUCAGUCUUGAGAUAAGGUGGAAUCGGAAAUUGUUCUCGAACUAGGCGCAGUGCCUCUGUCUGAGGUGACUGGAACUUGAACUUGUUUUUCAAUCAUUAUUAAAUAACAGUCUUAUCUCUACAUGUUUAAAUAAAAUCUGUUCAGUGAGGGUUGAGGAUCUAAUUGAUUCUUUUCCAUGAUGACUAAACUGGGUAUUAUUUUUUAUUAUUUGUUGAUGUUCAUUGGUUCAUUGGAUUUGAUGGCAGAUCAGAAUGUUUUUAGUAUGUUUUCAUGUAAUAAUAAAAAAUGUUUUUUGGUCUA